CUCCAAUAAGAGUUCUGCAGAACAGGAUGGACCCAGAGCUGAUACAGUACAGAAACACCCUAAAUACUAUAACACUGGAGGAGCUGAAGCCCCAGAGCAAUGAGGCACCAAAGGGACACAAGACCUACACGGUGGAAGAUGCGGUGGAGACCAUUGGAUUUGGCCGGUUCCAUAUUAUGCUUUUUCUGAUUAUGGGGAGCACAGGUAUUGCCGAAGCCAUGGAAAUAAUGCUACUGGCCAUCGUCUCCUCAUCAAUCCGCUGUGAGUGGCACCUGGAAGGCUGGCAGGUUGCGCUGGUCACUAUGAUGGUGUUUUUUGGAUACAUGAUUUUCAGCAUCGUACUUGGCCUUUUAGCAGACAGAUACGGUCGCCUGAAGAUCCUGACUAUAUCUUUCAUGUGGGGGGCAUUCUUUUCUCUGCUCACCUCCUUUGCUCCAUCGUACAUCUGGUUCGUAUUUCUGCGGUGCAUGGUGGGAUGCGGAGUCUCAGGUCAUGCACAGGGGUUAAUUAUUAAAACUGAGUUUCUGCCCAAGAAGUUCCGGGGUUACAUGCUGCCAUUGUCCCAGCUCUUCUGGUUGACUGGAUCUCUGCUGAUCAUCGGACUGGGCUCGGUGUUAAUUCCCACCCUCGGGUGGCGCUGGCUUAUUCGUUUUGCUUCCAUCCCUGGAAUUAUUCUCAUCCUGGUGUUUAAAUUCAUUCCAGAGUCAGCUCGUUACCAUGUGUCAGUGGGAAAGGACCAGGCUGCUAUGGACACCCUACGGUGGAUUGCCAACAUAAACUGCUCCGCAAUGCCCGAGGGCACCAUAAAGGAACCAAAAGCAGAGAAAACAGGAAGUGUCUGUGAUCUCUUCGACAGGAAAUAUUUACGAACGUCUCUUCAAAUAUGGGUUAUCUGGCUGGGCAUCUCCUUCGCAUACUAUGGGGCAAUUCUUGCCAGUUCGGAGCUUUUGGAGCGAAAUCUACUGUGCGGUUCUGGACAGUCCGAUGCUAUAGAAAGGGAUAUGCCAGAGGAAAGCAAGAGUCCAUGUCACUGUAACAUGCUGAGCCCUUCAGACUACACUACCAUGCUUAUCAGCACUGUCGGGGAGAUUGCAUUGAAUCCUUUUAAUAUCUUGGGAAUCAACUUCCUUGGACGUCGCUGGACCCUUGGAAUCACUAUGGCAACCACUGGCAUAUUUUUCCUGCUCCUCAACAUCUGCAUGUCAAGUUCCGGGCUGAUUGCCGUUCUCUUCUGCCUACGAGCCUUAGUGUCGGCCAACUUCAACACCGUCUACAUUUACACCGCCGAGGUCUACCCCACAGUGAUGAGAGCGAUGGGCAUGGGAACCAGUGGAUCCAUCUGCCGAAUAGGAGCUAUGGCAGCUCCAUUUAUUUCUCAGGUCCUGCUGAGCGUGUCCGUAACCGGGGCAUUCUGCUUGUUUGCCUCCGUUUGCUUCGUCUGUGCCCUUUCGGCUUUUACAUUGCCCAUAGAGACCAGGGGAAGGGCGCUACAGCAAGUCAAGUGAAGGCACCAAAGAAGAGAAGACUUUUAUUCGCGGAUAUUUCAGAGAGGAUGUUGGUAGCCAAGAACAUUUACCAAGAAAUUGUAAAGAACCUAAACAUUCUUCAAAAAGAAAAGCUGAAACGUUUCCACAAGUCCAAUCAGACAUAAGGGUGUGUUCCAAAAUAAAGUUAUUAUGGAAAAUGAAACCC